AUGCAGCAGCAAGGCUUCUCUGAUCAAGAGAUUGUGGCCCUCUCCGGUGCGCACACCAUCGGUCGCGCCUUCAAGGAGCGCAGUGGCACUUGCCCCUUUGGCUACGGCGAGCAGGCAGCUUCGACGUACACGAAGUCCAACUGCAUAGUGCGACAGGACGUGCGUGCAAGCAAUGACGACUACACAGCUUGA